GCACCUCCACCCUCAAGACAUGUCCUGCUACAGCCCGUGCCUGCCCUGCCGGCCCUGCGGCCCAACCCCGCUGGCCAACAGCUGCACUGAGGCCUGUGUCAGGCGGUGCCAGAGCUCCACCGUUGUCAUCCAGCCUCCUGCUGUGCUGGUGACCCUGCCCGGCCCCAUCCUCAGCUCCUUCCCGCAGAACACCGUUGUGGGCUCCUCCACCUCCGCUGCCGUUGGCAGCAUCCUCAGCUCUGAUGGAGUGCCCAUCAGCUCUGGCUGCUGUGACCUCUCUGGCAUUGCCAGCCGCUCCUAUGGCAGAAGGUACCUGCGCUGA